GACGCCCGCUGCAGCCAAGGUGCUGGUGACCCAGGUAACGCCUAGCAGCGUGGGACUGGCUUGGGACGACUUCAAGAGCCCCAGCUACGACUCCGGCUACGUAGUCCAGCACAGGCUGCUGACCAACCGCGACGACGCCCCCUGGGAGCAAGAACAGUUUGGCAACAUACCCCUGGCCACCUUGGACAACCUGAAACCUCAGACUGGAUACCAAGUCCAGGUCUCCGUCUGGGAUGACAAGGAAGCUGGAAAGCUUGGGGCCACGUCCGAGAUGCUGACUGUUUUCACUAUAGACGGUUGCGUGCGCUACAAUCGCACCUACCGCGUUGGUGACGAGUUCACCGAGGGUUGCGAGUUGCGCUGCGUGUGCCGUGGCAACGACGAGGGCGACUGCAAGGAGCGCUGCCAGGAGCCGUACGUUCGCGCCGGCGCCAUGGCGUCCGAUCCGCUGUGCUACGAGAAGACGCUGCCCGACGACCCGUGCUGCGUCAGCGUCCGAUGCGCGCACGGCAAGAACCACCAGCACGGGCUGCACCACGACCCCUCACUGCGUACGUACAGCCAAAAGAACGGCCACUGUCCCGAGAUCGUGGAGGACCAGAGCACGGACCCGGACUCCUGUUCGAACGAGUGCAACAGUGACUUCGAGUGCGCCGGCGUGCUCAAGUGCUGUCCAAGUUCUUGCGGGGGAGCAGUCUGCGUCGAACCCUUCUCGGGCAAAGACCCGUGCGAGAACGUGUUCUGCGGACCCAACGCGCUGUGCAUGCUGGAGAACGCUUCGCCCGUAUGCCAGUGUGCGAGCGGCUACAGCGGCGAUCCUAACAACGCUACCACGGGAUGCACUCAAGGAGGCAACACCGUACUUCCCGCCAAGACCUCCAAGUCCGACGGCAACAACGACCAGCUGUCGAUGCAGUCGACACCGGAGACGUGCGUCUACAAGAACCGGACGUACCCCGUGAACGAGUACUUCUACGACGGCUGCGGACUCAAGUGCCACUGCACGGACCAGACAGAAGUGGAGUGCCAGCAGCGGUGCCUGUUCACGCUGGAGGAGCCGCCCUCGGCCAACCUGGACCCGGGCUGCGAGAUCCUCACCGACCCGCACGAUCCGUGCUGCAAGAUCCUGGCUUGCGAGGCUACGCCAAACGGAACCAUGGCCAUUCAGAACGUCACGGCUCCUGGAACUUCUGCCGGAAACGAAACAACUUACGUCAAGAACGACGUCGAGGUGACCACUGACGCGCGGCCUCCCGUGGCCUCAAACACCACUGUCGGCUACGACGAUGACUCGACGGCGACCACGAUCGUCUACGAGCAGGAGAUGGUCACGGAGAAGAUGCUCGUCGACACGGGACUCACCACCAUCGUCAACGUGCUCGAGCCAGGCGAUGCCAACGUCACGGAGAACCCGCUCGGAACGGCCAACGUCACGGCGGUGGGCAACAGCAUUGGAAGCGAUGGGACAUCCAACGCGUCUCGCCAAGGUGGUUAUCCCGGCAAGCUUCAUCGGUUCGACGGGUGUGAGUUCCGUGGCAAGGUGUACCAGGGAGGCGAGACCUUCUUCGACGGUUGCGAAGCCCGCUGCACGUGCAGCGGCAAGGGUCACCUGACUUGCCUGCCGCGGUGCAACAUCAUCACCUCAAGCGGCGGCGACACCUGCAAGGAAGUCGCCGACCCGAACGACGCCUGCUGUCGCGUGCUCGUCUGCAACCCGCCCGGAGACACCCAGGCUCAGUCUAGCGUUGAAGGCCUAAAGUUGCUUAUCGAGAUGGCCGAACCGGAGAACGCUACCGUCGUAAAAAUACGGUGGACUGUGCUUCACGACAACAAGACCACGCACAUGGCUGGCGACACUAUGAUCCAGAUAUGGUACGCUGUGGUCACGAAGGACGGCAGUCCCGUCCAGUGGAUGAAGCGCAAGUACAAGCUGAGCGACAUGCGAUCCGUGCCCACCACGUCGUCCUUCGAGAUUCGGCUGGGGGGCCUGCAGCCCGAGACCGAGUACUACGUGCGCCUCGUCAAGCCACCCGGCGAAGACGGUGACCCCGAACACUUCGCCACGUCGAGCAACACGGUCAAGGUCAAGACCUUCGCUCCAGCGGUGCGAGCUGCAUUCAAUGGCUGUGUACACCGCAACCACACGUACGAGUCCGGCCAGGUGUUCUACGACGGCUGCGAUCACAAGUGCGUGUGCCACGCCGAAGGGCUUAUCGAGUGCCAGGACCGGUGCGAGGUGUACGUGGACACCGUGGGCUACGAGGACUGCCAGUGGGCGCCGGCCCCCGAUGACGCCUGCUGCAUGAUACCGUACUGCGACGGGAAGCCGCCCGUGCCGAGAAAGCCUAACGACCCGCAGCAGGACGUGUGUCUGGACGAGUCUGGCAAGCCGCACCGUCUGGGCGACGAGUGGGCGACGGGUCGGGGUUGUCUGCGACGCGUCUGCACUUGCGUGCUACUGGCCAACGGCUCGGCGCUCGCUGAGUGCGUCGGAGGCUGCCCUCCGCUGUCGGUGACCGUCCAGUCCGCCGAGAAGGACUGUCCGCAACCGGUCGUCGUGACGCCUGACGACCCGUGCCUGUGCCCUUACGUCAUGUGCACCGGUCCGCCACGGCCGUGGCCUGCUCCCCAGCAGCCCGGUCCGGCCAUGUGCAAAUACAACGGACGCAUGUACAGUGUAAACGAGGAGUUCUACAACGGCUGCCUCGAAGUUUGCCACUGCGGCGCCAACCUGCGCGUCAACUGCGCCAUCAUCGAGUGUCCGCACCACUUCAACCAGCACUUCAGCGAGUGCCUCGAGUGGGACAUCGACCCGACGUUCCAGCCAUCUCCGCCUAACUGCUGCCCGCCCUCCAAGUGCAAGAAAGAUGGUUCGUGCCUGUUCCACGACGUCAAGUUCCGCAACUUCCAGCAGAUUCCCCAGGAGAUGCUCGACUGUGGCAAGCGCUGCGUCUGCGUCAACGGCAACAUCUCGUGCGAGAACCGCUGCCCGCCCCUGAACAGCUCGCCGCCGCCGACGCUGCCCUGUCACCCGACGCAGGCGUACCGGGGUCACCUUCCCGGAGACGAGUGCUGCACCCACUGGAUGUGCCGAGAGCCCGAGAAGCCCGGCAAGGAACUUCAGAACGUGAGCGUCGUAGCCGUGAACUCGACCACGAUACGGGUGCGCUUCACCCUGGCCAACAUCCUCAUCGGCCUGGUGGGACAUCGCGAGCUGCACUUCACCACGGAUCCCUUGACGCCGCGGGAGACCUGGAGCACGCAGAAGUUCGCCAGACCGAAGAGGCUGUUCGACACGGCCAACAUCGAGUACUACCUGUCCAGCCUGCGUCCGGACACCACGUAUUUCUUCCAGAUCCAGAUCAUCAUCGACUCGCUUCAGUCCGGACCGGAGAGCCAGGUCUUCAAGCUCACCAUGCCUCCUGAGCCUACAACGACGACCACGGUGCCUCCGCUGCUGCUGCUGGACAUGAUGAUGGCCGUCAACAGCAUCGACCCACACUCGGCCAAGGUGUCGUGGCGGCCGCUGGACAGUCGCGAGAAGAAGUACAUUGACGGACUGCAGAUUCGCUACAAGAUGAACGGCCAGGACCACGCGCCCUGGAAGACCACGCCCAUGAUACACAGGGACCGGACGUCGUACCUCCUGCAAGACUUGGAGCCCAGCGCGUCGUACCUAAUCGAUAUGCAGUUCGCCGUGCCCGAGGGCCUGCCAACGCGCAUCGAGUCGGCGCAGCACGUCGAAAUGAGGACUGCCCCCAUGCCGAAAGACGAGUACCAGUUCGAGCUGAUCGUGAACGUCAAGAGGACCGAGCAGUACUCUGCCUCGCUGGUGCUCGACGGCAUACCGGAUCCCAUCACGAAGUACGUGCACGUCUUCAACGUCAUGUACAAGAGCGAGGCGGCUGCUGAGCACAUGCAGCGCUUCAUGAUCCUCAAGGAGCCCAAAAUCCUGCUUGAAGACCUGAAGCCCGGAACCAGGUACAAGGUGUGGCUGGAUGCCUACCUGACCAACGGCAAGACUACGACAUCCAAUAUCCUCGACUUCCACACCAAGCCGGGUCCACCGCCGACCACGACCACCACGACCACUACGAGCACGACUACCGAGUCGAACGAGAUCGAAGACAGCAAAGCCGUGGCCCUGCACAGUGUACGCCAGGACAACAGCACGGCCGAGGCGUACUACAUCGCACUCAUCGUGGUCGCCAUAGUGGCCGCUGUAGCUGGACUCGCUUUUGCCGUGGUGCUCGUGCUUCUGCUGCGGAGGCAGUCGACGGCCAAGGCGCCCAUCACCAGGAACCCGUCCGAGUCUGCGUACGACAACCCCACUUACAAGACUUAUGACGGAGAGAAGCCGGAGGAAAAGAACGGAAACGUCCAAGCAUGACUGCGCAACUAGAAACAUAGUCUCUUUACGCUGAGCGUUACUGUAAUAUAGCACUAGUACAUAUAUAAAUAUUUACUAUAAUGUUCAUAAUUCCUUUCUCCUCCAUGACACAUGAUUGUACAUACGAUGACAGCGAGAACGACGUCAUGAGUAUCCUCGCUUUCUACCAUAAAGGAAACGCGCAGCUAACAAAAAUGGCUCUCUAAUGCUACUGCUACUGCUAUUUUCUUAUGUGUAGUUAGGACAAUGAGACGUAUCUUUAGCUGUUGUUUUGAAAACAGUGCACGAAGCACACAUGCAUAAACUGAAAACAGCAAACUUGGCAUGUUUUAUGAAAGUGACACCAGGUAGUGACAUGCGUAACGAAGGUGAGAAGGGUCAUGUUGUGUGUCGUGCAACUGACAUACUCGUAUCUCACGAGAUUUGUGGUGGAAUUGACUUGUCAUGAUGCGUGUGAUGAAAGGGCACUUGACACAAUAUGCGUAAUAUAAAUGGCAUGUCAUGAUGUGUAAAAUCUAACCUCAUUAGACACUAAAUAUGGGGAGAGCAGUUUUUGACAACAUGCGUUAAUUUUUUUACACUGCGAAGUUGCACUGACUGCGGUAUUGUUAACGGGGCUUUGUUGAGAAGCCAAAUGAGAUGUUCGGGCUUUUAAGAGUGACGAACCAGUUUUUGUUUAGUCAUAAGUGUGAAGUGAUCAUAUUUUGUCACACUCUGAGACACUUUCACAAUAUUUUACCUCUCAACCAAGACUUGUGCCUUCUUAUUUACCAGUGCAUACGAAAUGUGCGUACCGAAGCGCUAAACCUGACUGUUAUUUACUGAAAACAACGAACAUCACUAAAAAGCUAUUGUUUAUAAUUCACAACGUUCUCAGUCACAAUUUUUCAUUAUCACAUUCCUCUUGACGUGACCAGUGGUGUCAAUGUCAUGGUACUCGAAGAGGCUUGCAUUUGGCACUGACCCCGUUGCUGCAAGCUAGCCUUUCACUGAAAACAAAGCCUGCAAUGACGAAAUGACAUUUGUUGUGUUUUCAUUGGUGAAGACUGGCAUUCUGUACAUCAUACUUUUCUACAAUUUUCACGCUCUUCUAUGAGCUAAGAUAAUUCCUCAAUGACCAAUGAACGGUUCUACUUUCGACGUGAUUUCUCAGUUUUGUAAGAACGGCAAUAUUUGCCAACUUUUCUAGAUACUUUUGUACAUAAAGACCUCCCAUCUUAAGGUUGUUUUUCUGUACUGAAUUAGGAUAUGGAGCCUGUGUUCUUACAUGCAGAGCAAGUGAAAAUAUUAUUCUUGUAUUGGACCUGAAACAUACUCUUUUGCAGCCCUCGCCUUUUCACCAAAUUCACUUGAGUGAUUCUCUGAUCUUAUAGGACGCUGAAGUUUAGUUUGGUGUACACAUAGAAUAAGCCCUGCCCAAAUCGUGUGUUCUCCAUUUAUUAUCCCGCAUGGAGCAUUCUCUAGACCUACAUAUCAGACACCGGUGAUAUACGUACACUGCCAAAUUCAAACGACUUCACAGGAAGCAUUGGCUGACUUCUUCCAUUAGUGCAACCUUAUUGAGAAGAUAUGUUUAUUUUAUCAGAUGCCCAAUGUUGCACUUCAAUGUGAGAAAAGCCUUUAUCUUCUUGUUAGUUGCCAUUUUCUUUCUCUAUCUUUUGUGUAAAUCUAACACCCCCUAAAUGAAACGAGUGUUGAAAUAUAGGAUUACGUUCUCCCUUGUUCCUUCUCGACUACCAGUUUAGUUUUAUUUUGAGUACAAGCCAAGCUUUGGCUCUCGUUGGAUUGCCAUACGGAAUGUGUGUAGGACUAUGUUGUGUACGUGUGCUGUGACCUUUGACAUUCUGAGUGUUGAAUGACUGCUUUUCACUUAGUUUAUCGCAUUUCUUACCUUUGCCUAUAGAGAAUGUUCCAUUAUUACUCUGUUUUCUUGUUUGUUUUAGUUUUGUUAAGUGGCCAGUCAUCGACUCGACCCGUUGUGCAUAUGUGAAAUCUGUUCUUUUCAGUCUCAAGGAUGAAUCAAGUGUGAGUGCUUUGUGAGUUGUGACUGUACAUAUGAAAACUGUUAUCAAAGUUAUCAAAGAGUAAAGAAGAGUACAUGCCAUCACCUGUCUUUUUCUUGAGAAAAGAGAAGAAAUGUACAUGUGCAGGAUGUGUACAAUAAAUAUAUUCUGUGAAGAAGUUUCUCUGUUC